AUGUCGGCUACAGACUCGAAAGGAUCCAAGGGAUCCAAGGGGUUGGUGUUAGAAAAUACUGCUCGUAGGGACGCUUUAAUCGCUAUUGAGAAGAAAUAUCAAAAGUUAUGGGCAGAGGAACAUCUGUUUGAGAUUGAUGCGCCAUCUGUUGAGAAUGAUAGUGUGUGUAUGAGUAGUGAGGAUUUGCAGGCUAAGUAUCCAAAGUUUAUGUCUUCAAUGGCUUACCCCUAUAUGAACGGUGUUUUGCACGCUGGUCAUUGUUUUACUCUAUCGAAGGUUGAGUUUUCAAUUGGGUUUGAGAGAAUGAACGGUAAGCGGGCGCUGUUUCCGCUAGGGUUCCACUGCACAGGGAUGCCUAUCCUUGCAUGUGCAGAUAAGCUUAAAAGGGAAGCGGAGCUUUUUGGAGAAGAUUUCUCCAAGGCUCCUGUGGAGGAUGAGGAAGAAGAUGGUGAGGCGAAGGAGGAUACGAAGCCGGAUUCGGAAGAUGUGACAAAGUUUAAGGCCAAGAAGUCUAAGGCUGUGGCGAAAAAGGGAAGUGGGAAAUACCAAUUUGAGAUUAUGGUGCAGUUGGGUAUACCUAGGGAUGAGGUGAUCAAGUUUGCCGAUGCACAACACUGGCUUACAUAUUUCCCUCCGCUGUGUGAGUCAGAUUGUAAUUCUUUUGGCGCUCGUAUUGACUGGAGACGGUCUUAUAUCACCACAGACAUGAAUCCGUACUAUGAUGCGUUUGUUAGAUGGCAGAUGAACAAGUUGAAGGAAGGUGGUAAAAUCAAGUUUGGUGAGCGUUAUACCAUUUAUUCAGAGAAGGAUGGUCAGGCUUGUAUGGAUCAUGACAGACAAUCUGGGGAGGGCGUUACCCCACAGGAAUAUAUUGGUAUUAAGAUCGAAGUCAUCGAGUUUGCUUCGGAGGCAAGGGAGAUUUUAAAGCGUACUGCAAAAUUGGACAGUGUUAAGAAGAUUUAUUUUGUUGCUGCUACUCUAAGACCAGAGACGAUGUAUGGUCAGACAUGUUGUUUUGUCUCUCCUAAGAUUGAUUAUGGUAUCUUUGAUGCCGGAGACUCUUACUAUAUUACUACCGAACGUGCAUUCAAAAACAUGUCUUAUCAAAAUUUGACCCCCAAGAGGGGCUACUACAAGCCAAUUAUUACCAUGAGGGGUGAUAAAUUUAUUGGUUCUAAAAUUCAUGCGCCAUUAGCUGCCUACCCAGAAUUGAGAAUUUUGCCUAUGGAGUCCAUCAUCGCCACCAAAGGCACUGGUGUAGUUACCUGUGUUCCAUCCAAUUCUCCAGAUGAUUAUAUAACCACACAGGACUUGAAGACCAAACCGGAAUACUACGGUAUAGAUCCUGAAUGGAUUAAAUACGAUCCUGUUCCAAUCAUUACGACUGAGAAGUAUGGUGAUCUAAUUGCCAAAAAUAUCUGUGAAGAAUUUAAAAUUCGGUCUCCGAGGGAUGUAAACCAAUUAGCAGAAGCCAAAAAGAUUGCAUACAAGGAAGACUUUUAUACUGGUACCAUGAUUUACGGUGCAUACAAAGGCACUAAAGUGGAGAUCGCUAAAUCUAAGGUCAAUGCUGAUCUUGUUGCUGCAGGUGAGGCAUUCGUAUACAACGAACCAGAAUCGCAAGUCAUUUCACGUUCUGGUGACGACUGUAUUGUUUCCUUAGAAGAUCAAUGGUAUGUCGACUACGGUGAGCCAACUUGGAAGAAAAAGGCAGAGGAGUGUCUCCAAGAAAUGCGUGUGUUUGCACCAGAAGUAAAGAACGCUUUUGAAGGUGUUCUGGAAUGGUUAAAGAACUGGGCUGUUUCUCGUACCUACGGUUUGGGCACUCGCUUGCCAUGGGAUGAAAAGUAUUUAGUUGAAUCAUUAUCCGACUCUACUAUUUAUCAGGCUUUCUAUACCAUUGCCCAUUUGCUGUUCAAAGAUUAUAAUGGUCAAGAAAUCGGCCCAUUAAAUAUUAGAGCUGAUCAGAUGACUGACGAGGUAUUUGAUUUUGUUUUCCAACAUGUUGACAACAUUAAAGAGACUAAGAUUCCUUUAGAAUCCUUGCAAAAGUUGAGAAGAGAGUUUGAGUACUUUUACCCAUUGGACGUUUCCAUUUCCGGUAAGGAUUUGGUUCCAAACCAUCUAACAUUCUUUAUUUACACUCACGUUGCUUUGUUUCCAAAGAAAUUCUGGCCUAAAGGUAUCAGAGCCAACGGUCAUUUGCUGUUGAACAAUUCUAAGAUGUCUAAGUCUACGGGUAACUUCAUGACCUUGAAACAGAUAGUCGAGAAGUUUGGUGCAGAUGCUUCUCGUAUUGCUCUGGCGGAUGCCGGUGAUACUGUUGAAGAUGCCAACUUCGAUGAAGCCAACGCUAAUGCUGCCAUUUUAAGGUUAUACAACCUCAAAGAAUGGGCCCAAGAAGUUGUUCAGGAUAUUGACAACCUACGUACUGGUGAGAUAACUGAAUUCUUUGAUGUAGCCUUUGAACAAGAAAUGAACUCAUUAAUUGAAGAGACUUAUAAGCAGUACGAGUUAACUAACUACAAGGGUGCAUUAAAGUUUGGUUUGUUUGACUAUCAAGCUUCUAGGGACUAUUACAGAGAAUCCUGUGGUAUUAUGCAUAGGGACUUGGUUUUGCGCUACAUCGAAACUCAAGCCCUCAUGCUAGCUCCAAUUGCCCCACACUUUGCUGACUACAUAUAUCAUGAGGUCCUAAACCACAAGACGUCCGUUCAAGUAGCUAAGUUUCCGCGUGCUUCGAAGCAGAUUGACACAGGUGUGUUGUCAGCUCUAGAGUAUUUGAGGGACUUGCAAAGAAGUAUCAGAGAAGCUGAGGGUCAAGCGCUAAAGAAGAAAAAGGGUAAAGGAUCUGAUGUGGAUCCCACAAAGCCAGCUAGGCUUACGAUGUAUAUUUCUGAUUCGUUCCCAGACUGGCAAGGGAAAUAUAUCGACAUGGUACGCGAGUUAUUUGAACAGCAAACGUUAAACGAUAAUAAAGUUGUCAAAUCCAUGGUCCAGCCCAAGGACAUGAAACGCGCCAUGCCUUUUAUUUCGAUGUUGAAGCAGCGUUUAUCCAGCGAAUCUCCAGAGACAGUUUUCAACAGAGAAUUGUUGUUUGACGAAGUCGCUACUAUCAAGUCUACCUUAGAAGCCAUAAAGAAAGCUUGCCAGGCAAUUAAGGUAGAAAUGUUCCAAUUCAUAUCAUUCCCCCAUGGCUCUCCAACCGGUAUAGAUAUUCUCACGGGUGAAGAGCUCGAAGUCCCAAAUUGUAAAGCUACGGAAAACGCCGUGCCAGGUCAACCUGGUAUUGCGAUUAACAACCUUUGA